UUUUCGUCUCUUUCGUCUCCCUCGUCCAUCUCUUCAACAUCCCAGCCAUUUCAAGGCACCCCUCCUCCCCCCCGAAGUCUUGGUCAUUCAUUCUCUCACUCGACACUCCUCCUUUUUGUAUUCGUUUCAUUCUAUAGAUCCUUCCGUGUUCCUGACUAGACGUACAUACAUCCCUCCAGCUAUCCAUCAUGGCUGCCUCAAGCCUGCCUUACAUGAAAACGAACCCGAAGCUCAUCUUCUUCACUGAUUUUGACGGAACGAUCACGCUCGAAGACAGCAAUGAUGCUAUGAUUGAUAACCUCGGCUACGGAUACGCGAAGCGUCGUCAGGGAAACGAAGCCGUUCUUGACGGCACAAUGAGCUUCCGUGACGCCUUUCGCGACAUGCUUGACAGCAUCAAGACCCCUUACGACGAGUGCAUCGAAUACCUUAAGAAGAACAUGAAGCUGGACCCCUACUUUGUGGAAUUCUAUCACUGGUCGAGGGAACACAACGUGCCCAUCGUGGUACUGUCGUCGGGGAUGAUCCCGGUCAUCCGCGCCCUGUUCGAGACGCUUCUGGGCGGCAGGACCGACGACCACCUCUACAUCGUCGCCAACGAAGUCGAGAGCCGCAAUGGCAAGGAUAUCAACGACGAGGGUGGCUGGCAGAUCAGAUACCAUGACGACAGUCACUUUGGCCACGACAAGUCCCUGGAGAUCAAGCCGUACGCCGCACUGCCGGACAGUGUGCGCCCGACCUUGUUGUACGCCGGAGAUGGUGUGUCCGAUUUGUCCGCCGCAAGGGAGACCGAUCUACUGUUCGCCAAGAAGGGCAAAGAUUUGGUAACAUUCUGCGAGCGAGAAAAGAUCCCUUUCACGCUGUUUGAAAGCUGGGAGUCGAUUCUGGCCACGACCAAGGAUAUCCUGGGCGGCAAGGUAUCCGUCAAAUCGGUGGCCGAGGGUGGAUUGGAGGCAGUGCACCAGGGGGCAAACAAGAACUAAAGGGCGGCUGGUCAGUCUCUGCUGAUAGAUAUAGAUUUCUCAGGUUUAUAUACAGAUGGUAUACAUAUAGUACUACAUUGCAGGUAG